UAGCACUGCACUGUACGCUAGCUGUAUACAAAUUAUUUGCAUGUAAAGCUGAAUCAAAUCCGAAUCGACCACGUCUAAAGCUACAAAAAAUAGAGAGGUCGUCUUCCAAGGUCCCUAAAACGGAGUGAGACUUGGGAGGUCUAAAUUCUCGAGAGAAUAAACGUUCUAAUCAUAGGCACAGGGAACGAGGGAUCUAUCUCGUAAUUUCGUUAAAUCAUAUAGGAUUCAACAGUACCACGUUCAUGAUGUAGGAAGCUACAGCGCUGGCGACACUCAAUGAGCAUGGACUCGUCAGGGAGGCAGCUUCCUACAGAGAGGGUUGGAGAGAAGAUUCUUCAAGAAACCCACCAGAACAACCGGUUACCCCAUGCCUCAAGCAACCCCAAGAGACCAUCAUCUGCUAGUGGAAGUGAUGGCAAGGGAACUCAUUUGCCUUACUCUCAUGGAGAGCAAAGACAACCUCACCAGAGUUCCAUGAGCAAGUCCUCUUUUGGGGCGUGUCUGAAUUCUGUUCAUGAUCGUAGUGCCAGGGGGGUCCAAGGGAGUCCAGUUCAAGGGUUUUCCUUGAAGAGAGCGGUGAUGAAGUCGACCACAUCACAGGCAUGCAGCAGCUCGUCGCCUGUGAAACCAUCUAUCCCGAGGCUUAAAGGUCAGCCAUUAACUAGUCCAGGAAAGCAUUAUCAUUCAUCUCCAGCAGAACAUGAGACGACGGGUAGGCGAAAGAUUGUGAAUACUACCCACACGUACAAGCGAGGAGAGAUGUCAUUAAAAACUCCUCCUAGAGGACAAAAUCGAGAAUCAAGCAGUACUCCAAAAUCUAAAGAUCGCAGUUCAUCUCAGCCGAUUUUAUCUAGUGAAAGAGGAAAGAGUAUGCACCUAAAUUACAGGUCACCUGCGUCAAUACAUGCAAAGUCUGUGGCAGAACAAGGGGAACAUUCAAGGUCUCAUUCUCAGUCUAGGCAUCGUACUGAACCUGGUUCAAGUGUGGAUACUGUCAGAGAUGGAUUUAAAUCACGCCACUCGUCCAAUCCCAAAGGGAGACAUCACAGUGAAUCGAGCAGCAUCUUCCAUAAGGGAGAUACUGGCAAAGAUAUAGAACAAUCACACGUAUCUCAGGAAAGAUCAAGACAUCAAAGUGAAUGUAGCGCAAAGCACCAUCAUGGGCAUCCUGUCAAAGACAGAGAGAAGUCACAGGAGCGAUCAAGACAUCGAAGUGGCACUUCUUCAAAGACCAAUGAGGUAGAUACUGUGAAAGGAAACAGGAAAUCACAAUCGGUACCACAACCCAGGUCAAGACAUCAAAGCGAAUCCAAUGUCAGACACGGUAAGGUGGAUGCUGUUUCAGACAGGAAGAAAACCCAUGAGGCAAAGAGACAAAGAUCUCAUAGUGAAUCUAGUAGAAUCAUGGAUGGCGUGACUCAUGAAGAAAAGAUCCUGGCCAGCAAAAAGAAACACACCAUGCUGUGGGUGUUGAACUCGACUCCUUCAGAAGAAGAUGAGCAGUUAACUUCUUCAAAACCUGUGAAGCAAAAGACACAUGACCAAACUCUUUCACCAAAUACAGAUCACGCAAGAGCAAGCUUCAUUAUUGUCCAAGAUAAGGCAGGUUGGGCUAAACGAAUCUAUAGCGAUGGCAGCAGUGGUGUAACAUCUGGAAUGGAGCCUGUAGGGAGAUCGUCCUACAGCUCUGUGGACAGUAGUGGCUGCCAGAAAAGACACGGUGGGGGCAGCAGAGACUUGCACUUGAAGAAAAGAAAAAAGUUGCAAAGGAAAAACAGUAGUCCAUCUUCAUCACACCAGGGUGUUCCUAGCUACGGGGCACUCUUGAACAUGGCACAGCGAAACUUGAGCAAUGGACAGCAUACCCCAGACGGUAAAAUAACUGAUAGGGUGCCGGAAAGAAUCAGAAGAAAUUCUCAUCAGAGUGGCAGUGAUUCAGAGCAGCAUCUUUCACGUCGCAACCUGCAACAAGGAUCAUUUGAAUGUGACUAUGAUGAAGAAAAAGUAAAACGCUUGUUCAAAGCUUCACUGUCGGCAACACCAAAGAAACAGAAACAGAAACUGAGCAAGCAGUCUUCAGUUGAUUCCCAUGCAAGUUUGGAAUCCUGUGGGAAUCCUUCAUCCUCAAACAGCAUGGAUGAGAUCUCGCUAGAAAAGGUAGAAAGACUUUUCAAUGCUUCUUUAAACACAAAGUCAAAGACUACUGAAUCACCCAAAGUGGAGUCCAAAGCGGAGCCCAAAGCAGCAAAGUGCCCCUUAGAGGAAGCACAGUCACCGGAACGACCCCAGUACACAUGCACUUUUAAAGGCAGGGAGAGCAGCUCAGAACAGAGUGACAAGCACAUAACCUUGUCAUUCCGCAAAGUGCACCAUUUGUCCAAGAAGUCUCUUGGCAGUCACCAUCUCCACAAGUUUCGCGAGAAGUCCGUCAAAGGUCUCCGCCUUGAAGCAUCUUCCAGAGCAGUUCAUAUUCCUCUCAAAAGGCUAAAGUUGAAGUCCGAAAGCAUAUUUCUCACAGAGGAUGUUCUUCGGAGGUUAGGAAGGUCCUCAAGUUUCAUCGUCAACACGGCCAGGAAGCACAAUUUUCUCCAAGGAAAGAAACAGAAAGCUCAUAAGCAUAAACCAAGGAGAAGGGCGUUUCCAUUGUGCAGCUCAUCGGAUCCAGAAACAACAUCUGUUUCGAACAGUCAUGCAGCGCCACUGCAGUAUGACAUACCCCUCAGGCAUGCUAUGUCUGACUCUGCUGCUCUAAGUGAAUCCAGUGUCUCGUCCGGUGUAGCUUCCGGUGUGGCCAAUCUCUUUCAGGAGCUGAGCUCUGAUCCCUCAAGAACUGACCAGCCAGGAGAUUCCUCUUCACCUCUGGGCCUUCAUGGAAGGUCAAAGGUCACAGCAUCACCCAAGUUCUCUGGCAGUAUUUCCAAGCUGAAGCGGAGGAUCGGGAAGAGGCUGCAGGCGGCGGUUCAAGGAGACAGACCAGGAUGCUCUAACAACGGGAAUGAGAGUGACUCAACACUUUUUGGAUCCUCUGCAGGAGAGGGGUAUCCAUUUGGAGAUACAAAUUACAUUCCUGGAGUGGAGGAUGUGAUUUUUGAAGAGACAGUGGCCACAGAGGAGUAUCCACAAAUGGAUACCUUAGCUGAAUGCAUGGUCAGUGAAGCAUCGGAGGGCUGUCCCUCUCCAGCAAAUGCCAAGCACACAGUACUUCUAUCCCAACCAGAUCCUUGUGACUUGAUGCCGGGUCAUUCGGAGAACAGUCCUGCUGAAGAUGGGUGUGAUGGAUCAAAGGCAACGGAGACAUCGGGAGGUGAUGGAAAUGUAGCUUCAAAUGAAGAGCAAUUGUUGGAGAGAGAUCUUCCUACAAUAAGCGUCAUGGGUAACGACCAACCAGGACGUGUCCCCCUAACAUGUUUGAUGUCCAACAAGUCAGAGAAUACAUGUCCUCAGCCAAAAGGUGAGGCACCUGUACUGCGAGAUUCAGAACACCCACCAUCCUCUCCGUUGCAUGAAACCAAAGCAAGGGAGGACCAGCAAAAUGGAGAAGUGCUUGAAGACACUCUUGACCCUGCAGGAGAGCCAGAGGAAGGGAGCUCUGAUGAAGACCUUGAUGACAGUGAGAGUCUGCCUGAUGCCUGCAUGAAUGCAGGGGACUUUAAGGAUACCCAGGAGAGCAGCUCAGACAGCACGGAUGGUAGUCAGCCUGCAAACACACCAACCACUCUCAUGAAGGAAGUCUGUCGGAUUGGCAACGUACCAGUACCAGGGACACCUUCCAAGCCGUACCCAUUUCCAUUGAAUGAUUCCCUUAGCCCAGGGAGGCUAUCCCAGGAAAUGAGCACAGAGGAAACGACAACAAAGAAGAGAAAACUUAGGUUCAGUUUGGCCAAGAUGGUGGAUAUGAAGAAAAAAACGGAGAAAUUUGAAGCGACAUUCAAACGUCUCAAGCAGGAUGUGAGCCAGGGAGGGUUUGCUAGACAGAUGGAGGAACAACAGGAGACUGGAGACGGUGACCAUGACAACGGCUCAGAUGAACCGGAGGAAAACCAAGCCAUCCUCGAAAGGUACGGUGUCUCUGAAGAGCAGAAGAUACCCAAAGUCCAUCCUGGGGAAGACAUCUUUGAUCAGUCAAAACUCAGACAGAUCUUCAACUACAAUGACCACAUGGCCUCAUUGGCAGGUUGUGGGUUCAAGCCUGAUAAACCCAGUGCCCUGGAAAGUCUUAUGCUGAAAGCAACACCAGAUGAAAUGGUUGAAAUGUUGAGAACCUUUGCUGUAGAGAUGGCAUAUCAUUCCAAGCCUUGUCCGCCUGCCUUCAUGCUUUGGCUCUUCAGACUCAUGUCUGUGCACACAGAUUGUAACGUAGUGAACAAGGCUUACCAGACCAUGUGGUCCAUACUCAACUCGUGGCCAAUCCAGCAUCCUACUGUCGUGCCUUGGGCGCCAUCUGUGGCCGAAAUCACUCAGAUCUUGGUCAACUACGGUGCAUCAUUCAAUGACCUGCUACCACCUGGCCUUGUAAAUCCAGAAUUUGAUGAAACUUCCAUCAGACCACCAAUGGGAGAAGACAAGUCCGGCCAACAGAAGGAGAGAGUUCAACCCUCUGCAGCUGAUCUUACAGAUCCGGUGAAGGCACGUUACCAUGGUAACAACCUUAUGAAGGUCAUCAAGAUCUUGACCCUAGCCCUCAUCACCAGGAAAACAGUUGACAGGUUCCCUUAUACAGAGGAAGAAGUUUGCUGCCUAGCCGUUCUCGUUUGCAAAGCAUCUCUUGAGAAAUACUUCAUCAUGAAAGCUGUAGAGAAUGAUUUCACUCUAUGUCUGUUAGCCCUGUUUGAAUGUGUACCUGAACCUGCAUGGGAGGCUCAGGCUGAACGUUUGUGCCAUGUCUUACCUCAUGUCGCCGCCCACCAUCACAACCUAGUCUACAUCACACAUCUCAUACCUGGCUGUACUGAGAGAGGGAGAUACAUGUCAAGACAACUAGCGUACAUGUGUCUGAAGAAGCUUUCACCUACCGGUAAUAAUGAACCAGAGCAGAAUAACAAUGGAUUCCACCCAGAACUCAAGGUGCAAUACAUUCUGGACGUAGUCCCUGCCACCAGACCUUCUAAAGACACGGACUACUACAAGCUUCACAGCAGGAUCCAGAUCCUGGACCUGGCCAUCGGGAACGAGCGCCUGGACAAGUCUGAGAAGGAAUCCCUCCAGUCACUGAACAACAAACUCAACGUGUUUGUCAAAAACAUCAGGGAGAAGGUCUCCAACAUCAGCAGGUCGCAGGUCAAAGAUCUCAUCGGCAGGAUGACCCUUCGGUUGACACUCAUGGACCAGUCUAUAGUCUCUGACCAGGUCAAUAUAUUCAAUCGCAUGCUGCCUCUGACCGGGAUCAAGGAGGAGAAUAUAGAGGAACACUUCCCCCAGUCCCAGGAGGAUGCAGUCUCAACGAGCUCGGAGGAGGAAGGAGAAGAUAAGUCAGACGACAUGGAUGAAGAUGACGAGGAGGAGGGGGAAGAUCACACCCCGGCGGAUGUAGGACAUUCACCUGAGAAGACGUGAAAGAUGGGGAUGAAAUAGAGAGCUUCGGUGCUCAAGGAGGACCUGCUCGUAAGAACACUUUGUGAGAUAUUUUGUAGAGCAAGCGCCGUUAUCAUCAUGCAGCACUGGCCCAUGCUAGUGCUGUAUAGAAAGGACCUACUCGUAAGAAACUUUUGUGAGAUAUUUCGUAGAGCAAGCGCCGUUAUCAUCAUGCAGCACUGGCCCAUGCUAGUGCUGUAUAGAAAGAACCUACUUGUAAGAAACUUCUGUGAGAUAUUUUGUAGAGCAAGCGCCGUUAUCAUCAUGCAACACUGGCCUGUGCUAGUGCUGUAUUGAAAGGCACAGUCGUCAACAUUCAACAUUUUCAUUCUCAACCAUAAUUCAAGUUGUGUCUGAGCUAUUCGUCAUAGUAUUUGGUUGAAAUUGCUCCGUAAUAUGACUCAGAUUGCACCAAAGAUCAUCUAGAAAUACCAGUGCUUCCAGGGCCCUAAUAAGCUGGCUC